UUAAAGGAGCCUCAGGGGCCCUUAGGUGGGGCUCCAGAGCUCAUUGGCUGCAGUUUGUACAGGGGCUGAUGUUUGCACCAGGGUCAGGAGCAGCUUUGGGCUAGGAGAGGGUGGAAACAGCAGGUUCCUAGCUCUCUCUUUCCUCUCUGUAUCUCUGGUGGUGCUGCUGACCACCCUCCCUCUCAGCAUGGAGUACAAACCCAGGAUGCCGAAAAUGGAGCUUGAUGCAGCAGAGGGGCCCCAAGGUUUGAUAAAGCGCAGCCCGGAGCUGCAGCAGGCUACCUCACAGCAAGUCUCUGCAGUCAUGGUUAAAGGGGAGAGCCCUGCAGCAGGAUAUGAAGCCUUUCCAAACUGCCAAGCUUCCGAUGUCUCUGGAGCCACCGUUGAAACUGCAUCGCUGACUCCAGCAGAACCCAGAGAGCUAAUGAAAUGGCAGAAACGCAGGAGCCGGCAUCCUGGCAGGGAUCACCGGAGAUACUACCAGGAACGCUGGAAGAUGGAGUACCUGAUGGACUAUGACUGCCUGCGACAUGGCCUAGUCUGCAUGGUGUGUGGCAGUGCCCUGGCCACCCUCAAACUCAGUACUAUCAAGCGACACAUCCUCCAGAAACACCAGGAUACUAUGCUCCUGACUCGUGCUGAGAAGGAGGUUGUCAUUGCAACCUGGGUUGAGCACCUCCUGAGUCACAGUCACCACCAGGAGAAGUCUGAUAUGCUAGGAGCUGAGGCUAGAACAGUGCAGAUCAAUCCUGCCCCAGGGAUACCUCCAGCCGCGGAUCAAAGGUCGGCUGAGGCCGCUCCGGGUAGGAUGUCUCCUCCAAGGCCGGAGCCGGCAAAGGGGGCGCUGAGCCGGCGGCCUGUGAGGCGUUACUACCAGGAGCGCUGGCGGACGGAGUACCUGAUGGAUUACGAUGGCGUGCGACAUGGCCUGGUGUGUAUGGUGUGCGGUAGCGGCCUGGCCACUCUCAAGCUGAGCACCAUAAAGCGGCACAUCCUCCAAAGGCACCAGGCCUCACUCAGUCUGACUGCCCGUCAGCGACGUAUCGUCAUGGCGACUUGGAUGGAUCGACUCCUGCACCAAUCACAGCCCUCCUUAACCGGAGCGGGACACCUAAGGCACCGCCUCCUCUCUCACACAGACCAAUCAGCGGCCGACAACUCUGCUCCCGCCGUUUCGCACCAAUCGGGCCUCGAAUUGCACGGGACCCGGUUUCCCGCUCUAUCUCACGGCGACGGUCAGUUAGCGCAGCUGCCAGGGGAGAGUACUAUGCUGCUCGACCAAUCAGUUCCAGGGAAGCCCACCUCUAUGAUGGACAGCGUCGUUGACCAAUCGAGCGUCGACCAAGUGCGACAGGUGCCAGGAAAUGUGACACAUCGAUUCUAUUCGGACUGCUCUAUAGGGGAGGGGCGCAACGAGUGUCACCAAUCAGAGAGUAGUAACCGGCAGCCAGGGGUGGAGCCAGAGACACUGACAGUUCCUGAAGGGACCGAAGUCCGGUUGGAUCCUCUUCAUGUUGGCUCAGUUGUCGAGGUGGUGGGUUUUCCUGUGUUGCUGGAUCAGCCACAACCCUCUGUUGAUAAUAACCAGGUGGUGCCACAGCACAACCCACUGGCUCCGUUGCCCAGUAAAGGUAUCCGUCGUUACUACCAGGAACGCUGGAGGUUUGAACACCUGAUGGACUAUGACUGGUGGCGGCAUGGCCUGGUCUGCAUGGUGUGUGGCAAAUCCCUGGCUACUCUCACCCUCAGCACCAUCAAACGACACAUCCUCCAAAACCAUCCGCACUCGCUGCACUUCAACCAGGCCGAGAAGGAGAACAUUCUGGAAGCCUGGAAUGAGAGGGCUUUGCAGCGCGACUGCACAGCGGUGCAACUGGUGAUGCCCAGGACAGGUUCUAACUGGUCAGCCGGUAAGAGGCCACGCUGUCACUACCAAGAGCACUGGCGGUUUGAGUACCUGAUGGACUAUGACCAGUGGUGGCACACCCUCGUCUGCAUGGUGUGUGGAAAAUCAUUGGCUACUGUCGCCCUCUGCACCAUCAAACGCCACAUCCUCCAGAACCACCCGCACUCCCUUAACUUCAAUCAGGCCGAGAGGAAGAAUGUUCUGGAUGUCUGGAAGAAAACCAUAUCUCUGCAGGAGAGUGCGGUGAUCGAAUCACGGGAAGAGGAAUUGUCAGCCCUUAGAAUACAGUCUGCAGUUACAGAGGAAAAUCCAGUCGUGGAGUUUGCAAAGGACAUGUCCCCGAGUUGGGAUGGAGAGAGGGAUGGGAAUACGAGCCCUGUGGAAAUUGAAGUGUGCGUGGAGGAGCCAGAUCUGAACUUACCGACACAGACAGUCAGGGGCCGGGCCCGAGGCCGGGGCCAAGGGAAGGACCAUUGGAGGAACUAUCAGGAGCGCUGGCGUCUCGAGUACCUGAUGGACUAUGACCAGUGGCGACAUGGCCUGGUCUGCAUGGUGUGUGGCAGUGCCCUGGCCACCCUCAAGCUCAGUACCAUCAAGAGGCACAUUCUCCAGAAACACCAGGACACCAUGGAUUACACACUAGCCGAGAAGGUGAUGGUUGUGGAUGAGUGGAACAAGAAAAUCGCUACUGUUGCGAAGAUGGACUUCUGGCAACUGUCUUCCAGUAGGAACAGGAGUCCUCCCAGGCAGCCAGGAGGAAUGAUCUGUGCCCAGCAUUAAUUUUUGACACCCAUGCACACAUCCUGUAGGGUCUGUGCAAAUACAGGACUGGGGGAGGAGGCAGUUAACAUUGGCUUUAAUGCCUGACAGUAUCACCCCUCCCAAAAGCUGUUCUCAGUUAAAUGCUCACACCCACAACUAGCAGGAGCGGAGCAAGAGGUGUCCAUCAGGAAACACCCCAGAACCACCCUAUUUUGCACCAAUUCUGAUGUCAAGUGUGGCUGAAGGUAGCGUCUGUGCUCCAAGGAGAAGGUAUCAGCCACUCCUGCCGGUAGACUAAGGUGACUGUGGGAGGGAUUGGGGCAGGGAGCUUGGACUGUCUGGGCUGUGACACCCCCUUCCCUUAACUGGCGGCAGAGAGUCAAAAGAUGUGAGAAACUGGUUUCUCAGGGAGUGACUGGGACAUGGGUCAAAGGGCCAAAAAAUAACCAGGAGCAAAUAUAUAUAUCAGUUCAUGAUGCCACCCUUGGAUUGAAGAGUAAAACAAGUUGGUGUGCAACUACUUUUGAGUCUCUGGCGUGGAUGAUGUUACUCAGUCGAGUCAGCAUGGAGCUAAUUCAGCGAAAAAUACAACAAAAUAUAAGAGACCUAAGGGGCAACAUUUUCACAUUCAGGGUGGUACGUGUAUGGAAUAAGCUGCCAGAGGAAGUGGUGCAGGCCGGUACAAUUGCAACAUUUAAGAGGCAUUUGGAUGGGUAAAUGAAUAGGAAAGGUUUGGAGGGAUAUGGGCCAGGUGCUUGCAGGUGGGACUAGAUUGGAUUAGGCUAUCCGGUUGGCAUGGAUGGGUUGGACCGAAAAGACUGUUUCCAUGCUGUAUAUCUCUGUGACUCCAUGACUCUAAAAGGAACAGACCCUUCAGCACACCAAGACUAUGCCAACCCUUGAUGACUUUUUAAAACUAAAAUUUUGUCUCUAUGCUAUCCGUAUCCCUCUAUUCCCUGCCUAUUCAUAUAUCUGUCAAGAUACCACUUAAACAUUGCAAUUGUACACACCUUCACCUCCUAAUCUGGCAGCACUUUCCAGGUAGUUACCAUCAUAGGUGUAAAAAUAAAACCUGCUUUUCCCAUCCCUUUUAAAGUUAACCCCUUUUACCUUAAACCUAUCUUCCCUAGUAAUUGACAUUGCUGUC